AUGGAAAUUGGUUUUAGGAUAACACAAGAAGUACAUGUACCAAUAGUCAGCCUCAAAAUGAGCUCUAGCAAGAACUCGUUUCACAUCGCGGAAGGAGAUGAUGUUUACUUGGAAUGCAGUGCAAGAGCCAAUCCGCGUCCAAGUAAAAUCUUAUGGUUCAAACAGGGUAUGGAAAUAGCGCAAAACGUCAGCGCAGAGGUUUUAGUGAGCAAGCAAAGCCUGGUGCUGCAAAAUGUAACGCGUAACGACUCCGGAGAGUAUAAAUGUACAGCACAGAACGAUGAAGGAAUAGCUACAAGCAACCCAGUUAAAUUACAAGUUAGAUAUCCACCAACGUGUAUCUCAUCGGAGAACAGCCGAGUACUCGUAGUGCUGGAGAAGGAGACGGUGGAGUUAAUCUGUGAAGUUAACUCUAGCCCGCCACCAAAUCACUUUAUGUGGUCGUUCAAUAAUUCCAAGGAAUACAUGGAUAUAGAUCCAAAAUACUACAAAUCAAGGGGAUGUACAUCAACUUUCCUGUACACACCAAGUUCAGAAGAGGAUUUUGGUGUCGUCUCAUGUUUGGCUUUUAACACCGCAGGCCUACAAGACGAACCAUGCAACUUUAUACUGGUGGCUCCUACUGUACCAACGGCGCUACAUAACUGUUCAGUGUUGAAUCAGAGCGUUACAGCUUUGCAAGUGGAGUGUCAAGAAGGCUUUGAUGGAGGUCUUAUGCAGUUUUUCCACAUGGAGGUGCUAGAACUACCUUCUAUGAAUGUUCUGUCAAACGUUACCUCAAAUAUAUCAGUUCUGGAGGUAACUGGUCUCCCUGAGCGCGCAAGAGCCCAGUAUCUUCUCAAUCUGUACGCAUCGAAUGCGAAGGGAAGAAGCGAGAUCUCUACCUUGUAUACUGUUAUUUCACCUAAUCGAUAUACAGAGUCACACACUCCGCUGUCCCUGUCGCCAAUGUUAGGGUCCUUUAUCGUAGUUGGGGGUUUGUUAACUGCCUCAAUAUGUGCAGUGCUUGCGGCAACUUACCGCCGGCAUAGGAUCCGUAAUAAUCGACCCUCCAAUAAUACCGUGGACUCGUUGUCAGAACGUGAUGACACGUACACAGCCUCCCCAAAGAUCGACUACAGCAGUCAGUUCGAACUAAAACUUGGCCCGGACGACAAUCCAGACUUUAUAGGAUAUGGAGACAAAAUAGAAGAGAUGAACACGUGUGCAGUGAUUGACGCUAUGAGAAUAUGUGGCAAUCGACGCUUUAAUGGCGUACCUAGCAACUAUACUAUAUCCGUAGUAGACUGUGGUGUAACAGCACGUAGCACGGACAUCGCAGCAAGUCAUGGAUCGAACGUACACGAGAGUUGUAUUUAA